AUGUGGCAAACACGCGACGAGAACGGCCUCCCCGCGAAAAGGGUUCCUUUCACUGCUAACGUUUCCGCCGAUUCCUCCGUCUCUCCUGACCUCGGAAUGGCAGCGAAGCCGUCAGAACAACCGGCAGCAGAACCGGCAGACGUCACUCCAGACGUUCUGAGAAUGGAUGACGAUUUCGGACACCUGGACGACGUCAAGUCGGCGCAGAGCAGCAACGAGGAAGCUCGUAACGGGGACAAGCACGAGACGCCAAACGAGCCUUCGCAGGUGAAGGCGACGCUGGGGCAAGUCGAGGAGCCGCAGCAGUCGGAUGUGACUUUCUACGUCCAGACGGCGUGGAGUGCGUUCGUGUCUGCUCUCGCGGCUGAUGACGUGGCGUCGGCCUCGUCUAUCCUGUUCGGUCCCGACGCCGUGACGCUCAUGGCUCCUGGUGCUGACAGCAUCACUCUAGCAACGGAACUGGAGAAGGCAAACCUGCUCAAUGACGAAGUCAGAACGGCGAGAGACAACGAGGAAUACUUGAAGGGAAAGGCAGGUCGUGACGAGGAGCCGCAGCAGAGAGACGUGCGUUUCUACGUUCAAAAGGUGUGGAGUGCGUUUGUGUCUGCUCUUGCGGCUGAUGACGUGGCGUCGGCCUCGUCUAACCUGUUCGGUCCCGAUGCCGUGACGCUCAUGGCUCCUGGUGCUGACAGCAUCACUCUUGCGACGGAGCUACAGAAAACGAACCUGCUUAAGGCAAGCCCCCUAUAG